CAACACAACAAGUCUGCUGUGGUGCGUCUCGUUUGAAAGGCACCAUGUGGAGCGUAUUACUCUUUCUCCUGGUCCAGCCUUUGCUCACCGACAGCAUGGUCUGCCCUAGCAGCUGCAUGUGCAACCUAGAGGGGGCCGUCAAAUGUGUGGGCAACAUCAGGGACGUGCCCAAAGGCAUGCCCACCAACAUGUACCUACUUCAGCUGAAUGGCACCAACAUGAAGGUUCUGAACGAACAGAGUCUGGCCAUGUUGCCCCUUAUGCUGCGUUUAGGCAUCAGCCAAAGCCCUCUGGACACCAUCCACCCUGAGGCCUUCCAUGUGGCCCCGCAGCUCCUCUCCAUCAAGCUGUCAUCCAACGCCCUCUCCAGCCUCCCUUCCCGGGUGUUCAGCCGCUUGGUCAGCCUGGAGCAGCUGCAUCUGGAUGACAAUCGUCUGGAGUCCAUCGCUCCCGUGUUGUUUGAGGGUCUGGCCAACCUGCACGAACUGGACGUCAGUAACAACGCCAUCGCUCACCUCGCCCCCAAUGUUUUCCACGGACUGAGUAGCCUGCGCUAUCUCAACUUGGGGAGAAACUCCCUGCAGCAGCUGCCCCCCACCUUGUUCCACUCAUUGACGCGGUUGCAGUUCCUCAUGCUCUACAACAACAAGCUAGAGCGGCUGGAGGUAGGCGCCUUCGAUGAGCUGGCCAACCUCCUGGAGCUCAAACUGCACAACAACCAGAUCGCCCACAUCCCCCCCGAGGUGUUCUGGGCCCUAGGCAACCUCAUGACCCUCACCAUGUCCUCCAACCAGCUCCAGGGCGUCCCGAAUGAAAGCUUCUACCACCUUCCCAAACUCACCAAGCUCACCAUCUACAAAAACCCUCUGCUGUCACUGCCUGAUAAGUUGAUGGGCCAAAUGCCCGGGAUGAAGGAAUUCUACCUGUAUGCCACCAACCUCAGCACCGUGCCCUGGAGCCUGUUUGCCAACAUGAGCGGGAUGGAGAGGCUCUCCCUGCACCUCAACAACAAGCUGAGGGAGCUGCCCCCUGACCUCUUUUGCUGCCUGCCCAACCUCCAGAAGCUUUCCCUCAAGUCCAACGACAUCCAGGAUCUACAUCCAGAUAUCUUCUCCAAGCUGGCCAAUAUGAACACUCUGCUCCUGAAUGACAACAAGCUUCGCUCCCUUUCUGAGGACAUAUUUAAGGGCAACCCCAGUUUGGCCAGCAUCGAGCUGAAGAACAACCAGCUGCGGACCCUUCCGGGGGAGGUCUUCUCUACUGCAGAGGGUUUAAGGGUUGUUACUCUGAGUGGCAACCCAUGGGACUGCAGGUGUGGCAUCAGAGACAUUGCAAGUUGGAUAAAGCUUAAUGAAGGCAUGGUUAGUGAUCUGACGGAUGUGAUAUGUCGUAAUCCGUACCCUCUACUUCUCCGCCCACUUGGUUCCCUACUCGACGAAGAGUUUAAGUGUGACGUUACCACACCCUCGAGCAGCCGCACCACCCGCUCUUCGAUUGAACUCAUCCAUGUCGUUUCCACUACAGCUCUUGAGGAGCAAGAGGCUGUAGAAUUCACACCCACAACUACUGCACCCGAGGCUCCAUCAACCCAACAAACAGAAAAUCCUACUGAGAGUGUCAGGUUCACCACACCUGGGUUGAGGCGCACAACAGCUGCUACACCGACCGCCGACGUUCUCGACAUUCUUGACGACGACUAUAUAUUCAAGCCUAUGGGCACUGAAUCGCUCCCCGUCCAUUUCCUAUCCCCGCCCUUUCACGACAGGCUGGUGUUUGAGAACGGGCUCGAGUUUGUGCACAACAUCCGCCUAAAGGGCUGGGUUUACCUGUGGACGCUGCCACCCAAUGGGGCUUACGUUGGGUUCCUCAUGGCUCUCCAUAUCCUUCUAGUGGCCACAGGCGUGGCCCUGAUUCUGGCUGCCAUGUACGGGAUGUACCGUCUCCACCAGGCCACGGAAGACCUAGGAGCAAUACUCACAAACAGGAAACACACCAUCAUAUCAGAGAGGAAGCAGAAAGACCCAGAUGAACUGUAGCUUCACCAAAUGCGAAGAUACAGCACAGUAUGUGUCGAGAGUAUCGUUGUGGUGAAACAGUUUUUAAAAGAAUAGUGGAACAAAACCUUGGAAAUCUGUCAAUGUAAAGCACAAGCCAACGUUGUCUGCAUUGUGUGAAGUUCUUUAGUAUUAGAAGAGUGUAGCUGACGAUUUAUUCAUUAGGCAUAUCUCGUCUCCUCCCAGUGGUAGAAGCUUUGAACAACAGGACCAAAUAAUGAUCCUCUCAGGGGGAGAGGACAGUCACAACAUUGGUCCAAAGAGCCAGACCAUUAUAGAGUUAGGCUAGCUCUUUUUUAUUAUUAUUGUGAAAAUAACGGAUGUCGGUAUUGAUGACUACACGGACCUAGCGAACAGUUUCUCAAUUGUAUUGGGUGAACCAUAUGUCCACUAAGCAGUGGGUAAAAUUCACCUCUGGAGUACAAGCUAAGCAACCUUGUAUUACUCCUAGGAAUUUGCCAGUCUCUAUCAUAGGGUAAAGUCAAAGCAUAUGCUUAAAUUAAUGGCCAUAUGGUGACAGUAUGCAUUCUUUCAGCGAUACAAAGAUUGGCAACAUCUAACCAGUGGAAAAUAACGUUGUCGUGGCUUAUUAGUUAGACAGAAACGUGUCAGUUGAUAGAGGUCAUACUGUUUCUGCAGCUGGGGAAAGUAAGCCUAACCGCAUGAAUAAAAAUGUCCUGAUGUCAUAGGAUUAUCUUAUUCCUGCCUUUCCCACUAGCAGCUAUGAGGGAUCCUAAUAUGCCUGCAUAUUACACACACACACACACACACACACACACACACACACACACACACACACACACACACACACACACACACACACACACACACACACACACACACACACACACACACACACACACACACACACACACACUUACAGAGAGACAAAAAUGUAAGUGAGGUACUGAUAUCUUACUAUUUAACUGCUCAGAGACAUCUUGGUAGGCCGACAGGUGUGAAUUCUGAAAAUUAGGUGACUUUUGGAUGACCCCCACACAUCACAAGACCAAUUGCAGUCAUUUAAAUGUAUUAACACAUUGAAAAAAAGCAGAAACAAGGUGUUAAGCUUCAUGUAUUGUAGGUGAGCUGAUGCUUUUCUUUUGACUCACGGGACACUACGAAACAGAUACGAUGAGGCUCCUAUCUCAGUCCUAAAAAUGGGAAGCUCAAGUACACCAUUUCUCAAUAUCAUAGUGUAGUAAGACAUUUUUCGUUUGGAAAUGUUCACUGCAAUGUUUCCUUCCAAAACAAAAACAAGCAUCCACAUGAAAAACUGUAUCAGGCAUUGGCAUUCAUUUAUCACCAUGUACAAAGUUGCCUAUAAAACAUUUGUUUUAUUCCAUUACUCUUGUGAUGGCAGAUCAUUCUCAUGUAGGCUAUUUGAGAACUACACUGUUAAAAUAGAAAGACUCAAAACACCAUCAUUGUGUUGUGAAACCAUGAAAAGUAGUUCACGUAAGCUGAGAUCUGGUGUUUGGAGGGUGUUUGAAUGUAAACCCAAUGCCAGUGUUAUAAUACGGUGAAUGUAUUUGAAAACAGAAUGGAGAUUCAGAAAGUGGUUCUUCAAUUUGAAUAUUGGUGUUAAGAUUGUCUUGUGAAAACCAUUUCUGGUGUUUCAGUGCAUGUAAAAGGCAGCAUCUAAACACAAAAAGCAUGUUUUGGCAGACUGUCUCUCAUACAAUCAAAUGAUUUUGAAAUGACAAUGGUUUAUAGCGUAAAUAUUGAUUGGGGAUGAUUUUAUUUGAGUUAAAAAAUGUAAGAAAAUACUGGGAAUUGAAUACUUUUCCUAGGGUAGACAAUGGCACUAAUUAUAGGCUACUGUUGCCAGGCCCAUUGUGAGAUUAUAAUGACGUUACAAAUCAAAAUGACAACUCUUUAUGUUGUCAAAACAUUGUCUUAGUCCACUCAGUCAGUCUUCAGGACUAAACUGUUGUGCUGAACCACCCUUCGUAUACUGAGCACACCGGGCCCGAUUCAGACUUGCGAUAGACUUAACAUGGACUCAAUAAAAUAAUAACUCAAAAAUGUUAAAGUCCAUGUUAAAUCAACUUAUCUUAAUUUUUUCUGUGCUUUGUUUAGAAAGAUUAGCAACAGGAGACUGAUUAAAUAGUGAAUUCUACCCACUCAACCACACAGCCACGUACCGUGUGAAGAACUUGGGCCCCCAUAUCAGAAUGUUUAGAUUAAAGGCAAAAUUUGAACUUCAGACAUUGUGCUGCUUUACUGUUUAGAAUUCCUCCAGUCUGGGGCAUGGAGGUGGAGAGAGGGCAUUCGUGUCUGGUGUGCCCUCUAAGCAAACUCUAUGGUCAAGUAUAAAAACAGGCAAGUAUGCGGGCACCUCCCCUUUAUUCAGGUCCUUCACGAACUCAUACAGGAAAGAGCACAACAAACUCUAAGGUGAAACUCUCCAAAAUAAUCCAAGAAAGUAUGCGUCAAUGACAAUGCGAGUACAAAACGUUAUUACAUUGAAGAAAGAAACAGAAAAGGAAUUCACUCAACAAGAACUAGCCAGCAGAUCUGACCCACUUGCUUACAGCUAGUGAUGUUACGUUUGAUACCGGCGCUCCAAGGUAUGCGCCGAAAUCGCUAAGCAGCUAACCUCUAAGAUGUCUGCCGAUGCGUGUAUGACUUUAUCAGCAGUACGUUAUCAAUGACCUCUGAAGCUUUGUUUGAUCACGUGCUUUUUCAAACCGUAUGCUGCCAAACGCAAGAUCCCACUGAUCACGCCGUUGUUCCGGUGCCUUUUCCGAUUCCAAGCUGAUUUCAAACACUGACCUCUACUGGACACCGUACAUACAAAUACAGUUAGGAUUUUGUACAAAAAGUUUCACCUAACCGGUAGCUUAGCAGAUAGACGAGGGAACUAUGUAACAGUCAUGGACGUGAGGGUUCGGGUCGAAUCCCGUUGAAGGCACACUAUUUAGAAAAGUAUUCUUUCUGCACUGUUGCUCAAAUUUGUUUUAUAUAGUAUAGUAUAAGCUUCUGUCUUAUGCAUCCUAAAUAGUGCCAUAGAUUAAGUUUUUGCAAAAUAGUCAAGCAUGAUGUAAGAUGUGAACCUAGUAUUCCAACUGAUUAGGCUACUAAAGCCAACGACAUACCGCUGUGCCACGAUGCUAUAAUGAAAACAAUGGGGGGGAAAAUAUCUCUGAUAAUCACACACUGCUAUUUAUUGCUGACCAGCAGAGGUCACUAAUGUGCAUUGUGAACAUAAUAAAGCUCUGCGUAAUUAACCGUUUUUCGGCACAAUUUGGUGAAAGCGCCGAAGCCUUAAGAAAGCCUCGGUUUCCCAUCACUACUUAUAGCUGCACUAGGGUCAGACAGGCUUCCUGUGUAGAUUAAGACACCCCGGAGCUGGCGCGAGAUAUGGCUCGGAAAACGCACCUCAAUUCAGAGAUGAGAAAUGUGUUGUAUUCCGAAUUGUCCUCUUAUCCCAGCUGUUACACCGAAAAGAUUGAAAACUGUUGUUUUUAUCCUCAUGCUAGCUAGUAGCCACAGCAGCCAUUGUGGAACGGCAUGUCGCAUUGAACAACAAAGGAGCUGAUUUGUUGACACUGCCAUUCCUAAAUGGCUGCUGUUGCUUCGGCUACCUAAUAUUAGGACGAAAAGGACUGUUUUCUGGAAAAACUAGCAUUCGUUAAAUCUUCUAUGCGUAACAGUUGGGAUAAUGGGACAAUUUGGAGUACAAGGCAUUUCUCAUGCCUGGAUUGAGGUACGUUUUCCGAGCAAUAUCACGCAGGCUCUGCAGUGUCUUAAUCUACACAGGAAGUCUGUCCGACUCUUGUACAGCUGUAAGCAAGCGGGUCGGAUCUGCUAAACAAGGGCAUUUGUUUUGAGUAGCAUUUCGGCUGCUAAUGGUUGCUGUAUGCUUAUAGUUCAAGUCAAACAGACAUUUUGAUUCAUUGAUUCGUUUUCUUAAUGCUACAUUGUAGUUAGCUGACACGUCAUGCAGAUGUUUUUAUGCAAAUGGAGGCCUGUUUUUUGCAUGCCAAGUAUUUUUUUUGUUUGGCUUGCCUACUAGCUUUAUAUAUUGUUUGAUGCCUGCACCACAUGCUAUAUUUUACACUAAAUAGCCACUGCCAAUUUAGCCUGCUCUAGCGUUGGCCUGCCUCACCACAUGUUACUGCAUCCCACUUUUGGCAUUCAUAUUGUUCUGUUGUUGCUAUAUUUACAAAGCUUCAUUAAUUGUAUAUGCAUUUUGCUAUUGAUGUUUAAUAAUUGUAUAUUCGUAUAGCAAUUUAUGAAUAUUAUAGCAGUUAAUAACUUCAUUAUGCAUUCAUGCACGAUCAUUAUUGCUUGUUAUUAUUAUUUGCCUGCAGAUAAACAUACAUACUACGUUACCAACAGGCUGGCCAUACCUAACCAAAGGAAUCAAGACAAUGAUCACAGACUAAUGCCAUCUGACCUGUCAACUGUCAAUCAUAUCGUUAAACUCAACUGUACUGUGAUUCAAUACAUCUGAACAACCUUCCAUGUACCAUCUUCUGAAUAUAAAGACUCGGGUCAAGUACAUUAGCCUAAUGGAUGACUGGUGUAUCGCAUUGAGCCCUGGGCUGAAUUUUUGUAUUAGUAGUCAUUGCCUGUAUUUUUGUCCAUGAAUCUGAAAUAUAAUGCCAUAUUUCCCUUGAUUUAGAAGAAUAUGAUUAACACCUUACAGAUCUUUGAACUGUCUUAAUCAAUAAAAAAAUGUAAGACCUGUCAA